AUGAUUGAUGGUGGUUCCAAUACAGUUAAAGCUGCCAGAUUGACUAAUUUACGGCACAAAAUUUUGAAACAUAAGACCUCCAAAGCCCAUACGGAAACUGAAAAAAUUUCGCAACAAAAAUGUUCUAACUUGUUAAGCAAAGCUUUUCAAACUGGUAAAUCUAAUUUCUACGAUACAACGCAAAAAGUUUUUCGAUCAGCUUACUAUAUUUCUAAAUAUAAUAGACCUUAUGAUGACCACUCAAAAUUAAUUGAAUUACAGCAGCUCAAUGGACUUGACAUGGGUACUACAUUGCAUUCAAGGUACUCUAGUACAAAUAUUAUUUCCCAUAUUGCAGACAAAAUGAAAACUAAAAUAGUCCAAAAUAUAAUAGCAACAUCAUCUAAGAUUUCUAUUCUUAUAGAUGAAUCCACUACUGUUAGUUCUUUAUCAGGUAUGGUGGUUUAUGUUAAAGCAUCAAUAUUAAAUUCAGAACCUGUUUUUUUAUUUUUGGAUUUGGUAGAAUUAAAAAGUCAAACAGCUUCUAACAUAGUCAACCAAUUAAUAGAAUGUCUUCAUACUUCUGGAUUCACAGAGAAUUUUUUGGUAGAACAUUGGGUAUCAUUUGUAACGGAUGGAGCUAGUGUACUUCUUGGUAAAAAAAAUGGAGUGGCUGUACGUUUGAAAGAGAAGUAUCCUUUAAUUUUUAGCUGGCAUUGUCUUAAUCAUCGGUUAGAGCUAGCAGUCGGUGAUACUUUAAAGGAAAUAACUGCUACCAACCAUUUUAAGUAUUUUUUAGAUUCUUUAUAUUCUUUAUACAGUAGAUCUCCAAAAAAUCAAAUUGAGUUAAGAGAACACUGCACAAGUCUAAAUGAAAUUUUUUUAAAAAUUGGAAAAGUUCUUGAUGUUCGCUGGGUAGCAAGUAGUUUUAGAACAAUUAGUGUAAUUUGGAAAAUAUAUCCAGCAUUGUAUAAUCAUCUUGUUCAAGCCUCUAAAGAUACACUUCGUGAUAAUAAAACGAAAUCUAAGUACAGUGGGCUAAGUAAGCGUUUGGGAUGUAUACAAUUCUUGUUAGACUUAGCCUUAAUGUGUGAUAUUUUAUUUGAAAUAUCACAAUUAUCUCUUGACUUACAAAAACAAGACAUGUCACUAUUACAAGCUGAUGUACUAAUUAGAAGAACAAUUAGAGUUAUUGAGUCAUUGAAAACCAUGGAUGGUAAAUAUUAUUCAGAAGCUGUUAAAGCAAAAGAAAAAAUGAUGUUUAAAACUGUUGUUUUAUCUAGUAAUGAAAAGAUAAAUUGUAUAAAUAAGAACCAAUUUAUAACAAGUGUUGUAAAUAAUUUAAAUAUGAGACUUAUACCAAAUGAAGAAGUUGAUAUACGCUUUGGGGAAAAAGAAAUACAACGUAUAUGUAACAGAUUUUGUAUUAAUGAAGUAAAGUCGUUAAAAGGAAUGCGAAUCUAUGUUGAUGAAAAUGAUAAAGUAGAUGAUAUAAACUUAAUAGAAGAACUUAAGGACAUAAAUAUUUUAAUUAAGACAUUCCCAUGCUCAACAGCAGAGUGCGAACGUGGGUUUAGUCUUAUGAACAAUAUAUGUACAGAUCUACGUUCAAGACUGCUAAUAAAAAAUAUUUCAAAUUCAAUGUUCAUAAAUAUUAAUGGUCCACCUUUAAACAAAUGGAAUCCUAAAGACUAUGUUGAAAGUUGGUUAACCUCGCAUAGAGAUGCUGAUGACAAUAGGUCAAGAAAAGUUGCCACUACAGUCCCAAACAAAGACCUAAAAUCCAAAUUAUGGGAAUUACUUUAA